UCUAAAGUCGUCCCCUUUGUAAAAAUUUCUCGCACAUGAGUUCAAGACCCGUUUGUAACUCUUUGUUCGCGUCUUUAUAUGGCAGUUGUGUCUACUCUCUGUGGAAUUUUAAUUUUUUUUUCUUUUCACCGGGGUGAUGAACGUACGCCUUGACCAGCUGAUUGCCUACCCCGUCAAUUGCACUCGGUUGUAUUCGCGCCGCGAUUCAGGAUGAACAAUUUCUCAUGAUUACUCGACACCGGAUAAACCUCCGGCUUUGAAAUUAAUAUUGAAAGUUGGAGGAAGUAGUGGAACUCCAGAGCACGGUUCCGAGUCUCCCAGUCAAGCGAAUAUGCUUUCACAACACUAUCAACAGCAAUUAGGGAUUAAUUACUCCGUCACUCAGGGCGAGUCGGAAUAUGAUAGGUACAUGGGCCACAAGAAAUUGAAGAAGAAGAAGAAAAAGAAGGACAAGCGCCACAAGCAUCAUCACAAGGACAGAAAACGAAAACGCGAAGAGUCGAGUCAAGAAUCAGUGGGCGAUGGAGACGAGAGUUUAUUGGAGGUGCCGAAAAAAAUUGCCAAUCAACAAUUAAUGCCACCCAGACCACCCACUGAAAAUCGUCUCGGAGUUUCGCCCCUACCAAGUGGUCUCUCACCACAUCGCGAGCCUCGCACUUGUGUCUUGAGAAAAAUCGCCGAACGCACUCCAUUGCAACGAUUACUCGAGCAUUUGCUAAAAUCAAUGGAGAAACGUGAUCCCCAACAAUUUUUCGCCUGGCCCGUCACCGAUAACAUCGCCCCCGGCUAUUCGCAAAUAAUCUCAAAUCCCAUGGAUUUUAGUACAAUAAAGCAAAAAAUUGACGAAAAUAAUUAUCAAACACUCAAUGAUUUCAUCGAUGAUUUCAAACUCAUGUGCAAUAAUGCAAUGACCUACAAUCAUCAGGAUACGAUUUACUACAAGGCUGCGAAGAAAUUGUUGCACGUCGGUUUGAAGAUGGUGACACCGGAGAAAUUACGACAAUUAAGGCCCGUAUUGACCUACAUGCACGACAUUUCAAAGGAGGAAUUAGGCUUCGAAUUGGGCGUCGAGGAUCCAAAUAAUCCCGACGUCCUCGUCACUGAGGAGCAAAUUGAGAAGGAGCGUGAACAAGAGGAGAGAAACGAGGAGGCCGAGGAACUUCGCAAGGAGCAUCAGCGGAAAAUGAGACUUGCAAAUUUAGGUAAAUUUGAAGCAAUUCCUGAUGAUCUUACGCCUGAGGAGAUUCUGAAGCAGGCGCGCAGUGCAUCGAAAUCGGCAGCUGAGAAAUUGAAUGCAAAGAGGUACGGCUCGAAAAUGGGUUUCCUGAGACAGAAAAAAGACGGAACGACAAGUUUGCAGAUAAUCGUCCCCGGCGAUGGUGUAAUUCCAGGGACAAAUCAACGACCAGUUUCUCUUGGACAGCUAAUGGGCAAAUUAAAUCACGGCACUGGUUCGUUGGCAGGUUUUCGUGAGGAUCGACGAAAUAUGUCGAAACCUGUGAAACCGCUCUAUUACGGGGCUUUUGGUUCGUACGCGCCAAGUUAUGACUCGACAUUCGCCAAUUUAACGAAGGACGAGUCGGAUUUGGUUUAUAAAACUUAUGGCGACGACACUGCCGUUCAGUAUGCCGAAUCGAUUCUCGAUUUUGCGAAAGAUUGCGAUUAUACUCUUAAUAUGGUUGAUGAACUUCUCGAUAUAUUGACCGGUGGUGAGCAUCGAAAGACGAAAAAAUUCAUUGACGAGAAACGACGCCUCAAGGAGGAGGAGGAGAAAAUAAAGCAUCUUCUGGAAAAACCAAUUCAGGAAGUCAAUCGCAAUGCGCAGCAUGAGAAGAUGAAAAUCGACGUCGAUCAACUUAAAUCACUAUCGGAUCUUGGUAUUGACAUCAAUUUCCUUGAUAAUCUAGAAGAAGAAUUAAAAUUCACCGAGGACAGUGCAACGUUACAGAAUCGUUUGGACGACACAUCGCAAUUAUUAAAUCAUUUGCAGCAAGUGCAACAUGAACGUCUCUCGGCCCAACCACCGGCACAUCUCACAACAAUACCAAAGCCAAAGGACAAUGAAGUGACAUUAGCCGAGAAGAUAACGGAGAAUUUAACGGAAAUUUCAAAAAAAUUACCACCAUCGGCAAUUGCACCAGUCGAUGGCCUAAGAAAGGCAAUGGGCAUUGCGCCAAUGGGCGGCACUGAACCAAUGGAUGUUGAACCGAUUACUCAUAAUCCAUCAAUAGUCACUGACAAUACACUAGCAAAUGUCAAUCAAAUUCCUGAUAGUUUACUGCCAACUCCAUCUUCAUCGAUAGACAAUGCAAAUUUACUCUCAACUGGCAGUCAACAGACACAAAUCAAUUUGGUAAACGCGGGCCAAAUGCAAAUUAGUAUCAAUCAAGCCGCAUCAUUGUUGACUGCAGGCGAACCCGCCGGUGUUCCAGAUUUGGAAUCUGAACUACGUGAAUUCCUUGAAAGUGAUCCAACAUUAGGCCAUUCGCCAUUACACGAUGACAAGACUUUAGAGGAUAUUCUAUCCGAAUCCUAGUGUUGAGAAAUGCCGAACAUUCAUUUUUAUUUUCCAUUCGAAUGUUACAAAAAGUGAAUUAAUUUCUCUUCUACUUGAACCUACUGUAAAAAAAAGUAUUUCUUAUCUUUUGCAAUAAUUUCCCUUUUUUUUAAAAAAUAACAUUUCGUUUGUAAAACACAAUUGUAAAAAGUUCAUCAAUUUCUGAUGAAAAUUUGUUCCGAUCAUUCUUUGUUUUCACAGGACAAAUGAUGAAAAAUUGUUUUUUAAUUUAUUUUAUAUAGUAAUCAACUAUAGACGAAUAAUAAAAUGCUAAUUUUUUUUAUCAA